AUGCCUGAUGAUAUGGUCUUGGUAUCACCUCCAAAUGAAAGCCUGGAAUACGGAUCAGCCUGGCCCUGCCCUAGAAGGGAGGCUUUAUCCACACUGGCUUACUCUAAGGACCAGUGCGCCUCUACCAACAGCGUCCUCACACCCUGGAGGGAGCAGAGAUCCCCUGAAAACUCAGGGCGCAGUGACCGACCUGCUGCCUCUUGUGUAACUCAAGUGCACUUCGCCCCUCAAGGAAGAACAACUUACUGCCUGAUCUUGUCAUUCCUGGGUCCAAAUCUUGGUCCAGAAGGCCCUCUCCUGCAGGCAGAAAAGAGAGCAAUCAGGAUGGAAGAUCGGGGAAGGCGGCUGGAGGGCAGCGCCCGGGAGCUCAGCCGGCUGCGGGCCACCCGCUGCCCCUCCGGCGGAGAGGGGCCCGGCCGCGACGCCCUGCGUGCCCCCGGCAAAGGUGAGUCCCCCCGCUGGGACCCGCAGCCCCUCGCCUACCAGGAGCUGCAGUCGGAGAGGACGGAGGUUCCCGCAUCCCGGCUGCUGGAGGAGACCGCGCUCGGCCGUCCGGGAAGCGAGGACUCUGGCUGUGGCGAGCUGGUGUGGGUGGGGGAGCCCGUCGUCUUUGGCCGGGCAGAGUCCAUCACCGGCAAGUACGGCGUGUGGAUGAAGGACCCUGAGCCCGUGUCGCCCUUCACGCGGGAGACCACCUGGCGCGUGGAUGCGGUGGGCACGGAGGUCCGUCAACUCUACCAGUACGAGGCAGCCGAGCAGCUGGCCCAGGGCUACCCCGCCAAGGUGCAUAUCCUGCCGCGGCCCCUGGAGAGCACGGGGGCCGUCGUCUACCGCGGCGGGCUCUUCUUCCAGCCCCGCCGCUCCCCCGCCGUGGCCCGCUACGACCUGCGGGGAGAGGCCAUCACGGCUGAGAAGGAGAUCCCUGGCGCUGGCUACCACGGGCAGUACCCGUACUCCUGGGGGGGCUACACCGACAUCGACCUGGCGGUGGACGAGACGGGGCUCUGGGUGAUCUACAGCACCGAGAAGGCCAGGGGUGCCAUUGUCCUCUCCAAGCUGGACCCUGAGACGCUGGAGAUCCAGCGGACCUGGGAGACCAACAUCCGCAAGCGAGGGGUGGCCAACUCCUUCGUCAUCUGCGGCACCCUCUACACCGUCAGCAGCUACUCGGCACCCAACGCCACCAUCAACUUCGCCUACGACACAGCCUCCGGCACCAGGCGGGCCCUCAGCAUCCCCUUCGAGAACCGCUUCCGCUACCUCAGCAUGGUGGACUACAACCCCGCCGAGCGGCAGCUCUUCGCCUGGGACAGCUUCAACAUGGUCACUUACCCCGUCCGCCUCUCCCGGCCGUGA